CUUAUUUUGUGAUCCCCUUUCCCGAUAUCCCUUACAUUUAUCUUCCUUUUUUACAAUAUAAAAGAACCCUCUUUAUCUUUUUUUUUCAUUUCUAUUUUUCUUUUUUUUAAACAACCAUUUUUAUUAUCUUCAAUAUCAUGACAAUCGCCAAUAACAACAAUACCAUUAAAGAAGAACCGAUUCGAAAACGGACAAGAGCAACAGCAGAACAACUUGCAGUUCUCGAAGAUACAUUUGCAGUGAAUGUCAGUCCUAACGGUAAAUUACGCAAACAAUUGGCUGAACAAUUGAAGAUGACGGAUCGAUCUAUUCAAAUUUGGUUUCAAAAUCGUCGAGCCAAGGUCAAGCAUAUGCAGAAACGUGCUCAAUUACAGAUGCAUCAAGCCAACAUGCGAGCCCAAUUAUAUCACUAUCAGCAACAACAUUAUUAUUUGCAGCAGCAUUAUGCUCCUCAUCAACGUGCUCACAGUCUGGAUUCUUAUAAUCAUCAUCAUCAACGUUCCAAUACCAUUGCCACUUCAUCUGUCACUGAUCCUUCUCCUUCUUUGAUGGAUCAUCAUCGACAAAGUGUUCCUCCUUCUUUACCUUAUGCAGACUUACUCAUGGAUUUCAACCCCGACCCAUGGACCUUCCCUGUUUCUCAACAACAGCAACAACAACAACAACAGCAGCAGCAGCAACAACAACAUGAAGUCACCAUUGAUCCUACUCAUUUGACUAUGAAUUCACCUGACUUGGGACUCAGUAUUUCGUCAUUAACAAUUGGUCGCUGGCACCGUUUAAAGAUGCAACCUAAAGAUUUGACAUGUAGAUAUCAACCUAAACAACGUGUAUUAUGCUGGAAUAUUGUAGAUGGACAACACCGAUUCAAGAUGGAAAUGCCAGUAAGUAGUAUUCAACAACUUGUUUACACAUCACCUGCACCAACAACAACACCAACAACGACACCAACUUCAGAAGUAUCGAUGACAGGAGAACUUCAUUUGGAUCUCCAUCACCCACCUCUUUUCUAUAUGAAACAUCAACAUGAAUGGAUUGCAUGUAGCGACUUUACAGAACAUCAACAAGCUUCUCAGGUAUUACAUCAUACAUUGAAAGGAAUUGAUUUGACUUUAUGGCAGGAACUUUCAACUAUCAUGGCCACUUGUCCUGAAACACAACAAUGGAUCCAAUUUGUACCAUCAUCUUCCCCACCAUCCACCUGUAAUAGUAGUGUCAGCAGUUCCUCUUCUUUAUCCACCAAUGCAUUCUCAGAAAACAACAAUAAUCCAUUCUUCAAUACUAUCAACUCGAUGUCUAUCAAUGAAGAUUGUGCCUUAUCUCCAUCAAAAUGUGAAACACUUUUACCAAUGACAGAUGAUUUCUUGAUCGAUCCUUCCUUAUUAGAUCCAUCCUUAUGGUCCUCUACUUCUGGUUUUUUGGUCUCUUGAUUAUUAUUGUUAUUAUUAAUUAUUUGUCUAUGUUUUUAUUAUUUUGUAUUCAUUUAUCAUCAUCUUAUACCUUGGCAUCCUUCUCUCUCUCUUUCUCUUUUUUUUUUUUU